AUCAAUGAUGAUUAUGCACAAUUAGGUGAAAGUUAGUAAAAGGGAAAUCGUCAAAUUGAAUCGGAUCAGUUGAGUUUCAAACUUGAUACUUUACUGUUGAAUAGUUUAAUUAGUUGAUCAAACGAUCAACAAUUUCUAUCAAUUAUGUCGGCUGUUAAUACGUUGAUUGCUUUUUUCUCUAAUCCAGUUACAAUCAUUGGUUCUACAAUGAUUAUGCAAUUGGCCAGUGUUUUUUGGUCCAAUACUCCGUUCCAGAGUUAUACUCAGACUUAUAAUGGUGAACGCGAAGAAUUUGAUUAUAUUAUCGUCGGCGGUGGGACUGCUGGAGCCGUUUUAGCGGCUCGUUUGUCGGAAGAUCCAAAAAUUUCUGUCCUCCUUUUGGAAUCGGGUGGUACUGGUUCGUUUAUUACUGAAAUUCCCUAUUUCUGGAUGUUGUGGAGAGGAUCAUCUCUUAACAAUCAAUACAAAACGGAACCACAAACUGUCGGCUGUCAAGCUUUUCAAGAUAAUCGCUGUCGGCUUGAUUCAGGUCGAGGUCUUGGUGGUUCAAGUGCGAUUAAUGGAAUGAUUUAUGCUCGAGGUCAUCCUGAUGAUUACAAUUCUUGGUCUUCAUUUGGUGUUAAUGGUUGGUCAUUCGAUGAGGUCAUUCCCUAUUUCCUCAAGUCGGAAAGUUUCCAACGAAUGGAUCGAGUCUCAGCCCAAUUCCACAAUGUUUCUGGUCCAUUGCCGAUCGAUUAUGGUCCAUUUGUCCACCCAAGUAAUUGGGCUUUUUUCCGAACUCUCACUUCUCUUGGUUAUAAUAUUGGUGAUUACAAUUCAGAUCAACAAUUAGUCUUCGAUCGCGUUCAAACAAUAACCAAAGGUGGAGCUCGUUGGUCAACCCAUAGGUCAUUUUUGUCACAAAAUAAAUUGUCCGGGUCACCUAAUUUAAAGGUUCGAACUCAUUCACCAGUUCAAAAGAUUUUAUUCAACAAAGAGAAACGAGCAAUCGGUGUAAUGUACACCGAUAUUUCGGGUCGAGUGUUACAAUCCUAUGCCUCUAAAGAGGUCAUUUUAUCAGCGGGUACCUUUGGUUCACCACAUUUACUUUUACUGUCCGGUGUUGGUCCAGUUGAUCACGUUCACUCAUUUGACAUUCCUAGUAUUGCCGAUAGACCAGGAGUUGGAUCUAAUUUCCGUGAUCAUGUUUACGGUUUAAUCAAUUAUAUUACCGACUUAGCCCCAGGUACCGAUCCAGCGUCAACCUUAAGUUUACCUAAUUAUUUAUCAUUCACUCGAGGCCAUGGACCUUUAACUUACGGAGGAGGAAUCGCUUUGGGUAACAUUCAAACAAGCACCAACAACACUUCAACCAAACCCGAUAUUCAACUUGCUUUCGCUGGGACAUCACCUUCAUCCCUUCCUGAGGUCAGUUUCUGGACGAACACAUUUGGCCUUAAAAGUGGUAUCUACGAAAGUUACUUUCAACCUUAUGUGGGUCGGGAAACUUUAACCGCUUAUGUUUGUCUAUUACAACCUAAAUCCUUUGGAUCUGUCAGAUUAACUUCACGUAAUCCAACAGAUAAACUUUCCGUUAAUCCAAAUUACCUUCAGCAUCCAGAGGAUGUGACAACUCUCGUUGAAGGGAUGAAAACAGCGCAUAAAAUAAUGACCAAUCCGUUGAUGAAAACAUUGGGAAUCCAAUUGUUUGACUCUCAUUUCCCAGGUUGUGAAAAAUAUCAAUUGGCCAGUGAUGAUUAUUGGAAUUGUUAUGUUAAACAAUUUACAAUUAAGGGCGAUCAUUAUGUUGGAACUUGUAGAAUGGGCAAUUCAUCUGAUCCAAUGUCGGUGGUUGAUGAACAAUUAAAGGUGAUCGGUGUUGAUGGAUUAAGAGUAGUCGACGCUUCGGUCAUGCCAACGAUUCCCUCAGGCAAUACGAUGGCAGCAACUAUUAUGAUCGCCGAAAAAGCCGCUGAUUUGAUCAAACAAUCACAAAAGAAAAUUAAAUUAUACUAAUAGAUUCAGAGAAAGAGAAAAAAAAUUCAAUUCUCUUCUUAAUCAACACAAUUUAUCAAUAAUUUUGAAUGUUCAAUUUUUCGCAAUUUAUUAUGAAUCUCCAUUAAUGAUUAAUAAAUUUAUUUAUUUAUUCGUUUAAA